UCUCUUUUCUUCCCAACACAUUGCUCCAUUUCACUUCCCGAAAUCUCUCUUCUUUUUCUUUUUCUUCUCUUCCUCUCUCUCAUGGAGCCAUUGGUAUUACUCUAUGCAAUUCCCUUACUCUAUUUAGCAAUAAAAUUAUGGAAGCGUUUUGAUACAAAAAGAGACCAACAAUGCUACAUUUUGGACUACCAAUGUUUCAAACCCAGCGACGAUAGAAUGCUUGGCACUCAGCUCUGUCGGGACCUCAUGAGACGCUCCACGAAUCUUGGCCUCGAAGAGUUCAAAUUCCUUCUCAAAGCCGUCGUUAACUCCGGCAUCGGCGAGCAAACCUAUGGCCCUCGUGUCAUCUUCUCCGGUAAAGAACAACGUCCUUCUCUUCUUGAUAUCAUCGCCGAAGUUGACGAGUUUUUCCUUGACUCUCUUCAUAAACUCUUCCAAAGAUCCGGUGUUUCCCCUUCUCAGAUCGAUCUCCUCGUCGUCAACAUCUCCAUGCUCUCCACUUCCCCUUCUCUCGCCUCCAGAAUUGUCAACAGGUACAAAAUGAGAGAAGACAUAAAAGUGUUCAAUCUAAGUGGAAUGGGAUGCAGUGCUAGUCUAAUUUCUGUGGAUGUUGUGAGGAGAAUGUUCAAGUCAUACAAGAACUCAUACGCCAUUGUUGUUACCUCUGAGUCUCUCACUCCGAACUGGUACUCCGGUAACGACCGAUCCAUGAUUUUGGCGAACUGUCUUUUCCGAUCUGGUGGCGCCGCUAUACUCUUGACCAACAAAAGGAGUUUGAAAAACAAAGCCAUGUUGAAGCUCAAGUGCUUGGUCCGAACCCACCAUGGAGCUCAAGAUGAGUCCUAUGAUUGUUGCUAUCAGAAAGAGGAUGACCAAGGCAACCUAGGUUUCCAUCUGGGGAAGAACCUCCCAAGGGCAGCAACAAGAGCAUUCACGGACAACCUAAGAGAGAUCUCCCCCAAGAUCCUCCCAAUAACAGAGAUAUUCCGGCUAACAAUCCUAACAAUAUUACACAAAAUCUCCUUAGCCAGCUCCUCGAAGCCACAGUGGCCGAAGCCAACGGCGAACUUCCUAACAGCGACAGAGCAUUUUUGCCUACACACAGGAGGAAAAGCAGUGAUAGAUGGGGUUGGAAAGAGCCUAAGCUUAACCGAGCACGAUCUCGAACCAGCAAGAAUGACCCUUCAUCGAUUCGGAAACACGUCGGCGAGUAGCCUAUGGUAUGUUUUAGGGUACAUGGAAGCAAAAAAGAGGCUGAAGAAAGGAGAUAGAGUAUUGAUGAUAAGCUUUGGAGCAGGGUUUAAAUGCAAUAGUUGCUUGUGGGAAGUGGUGACAGAGUUGGGUGGUAGAAAGGGUAAUGUAUGGGAAGAUUGCAUUAAUAGCUAUCCACCUGUGUCUUUGGCUAACCCUUUCAUGGAAACCUUUGGAUGGAUUCAGAAUGAAGAUGCAACUACUUUCAAGUCACUUUGAUUCUCAACAAAUAGGAAAAAGAAAAGGGAAAAAAAAAAAAAAAAAAGAAGAGGUUGAUUUAAUUUUUUUUUUUUUUUUAAAGGAAAAGAUGUUAUUAUUUGUUGAGAGAUUUUUUUAUCUUUAUAUUGAUGUUGGAGUUUAGUUGAUCAUGUUAAUAUAGGUUUUUAUUGGAUUCUAGAAA